AUGGCCUCAAAGACCAGAAGCUCUACCUUUAAGGUGGCUCUCAUUGUAGUUUUCCUAAGCGCCAACGUUGUUUUAUCGGAUGACACUGUGCCAGUUCCCGCUGACAAGUCCCAAUUGAGCGCAUGGUUCAAUAAAAAUGUGAUGCCCUUGGGUCAGAGAACGAGCACCUUGGACCCUGCACUUGUGGCUGCAGAGGCUGGUGCUAAGGUUGUUAAGGUAAUGCCAGAUGGAAGUGGGGAUUUCAAAACCAUCACUGAUGCCGUUAAGAGCAUCCCUGUUGGGAACACCAAGCGUGUCAUUGUCUACAUUGGAGGUGCAAAUUAUAAUGAGAAAAUCAAAAUUGAGAGGACAAAGCCUUUUGUUACAUUGUAUGGGGAACCAGGGAACAUGCCAAACUUGACCUUUGGUGGCACAGCAAAGGAAUAUGGCACUGUUGACAGUGCUACAUUGAUUGCUGAAUCAGAUUACUUCGUGGCUGCUAACAUUAUUAUCUCGAAUUCAGCACCAAGACCUGAUGGAAAGAGGCCAGGAGCUCAAGCGGUUGCGUUGAGAAUUUCUGGUGACAAAGCAGCGUUUUAUAAUUGCAAGUUUUUUGGAUUCCAGGACACAAUUUGUGAUGAUAGGAAUAGGCAUUUUUUCAAAGACUGCUUAAUUCAAGGCACUGUGGAUUUUAUUUUUGGAAGUGGGAAGUCACUAUAUUUGAACACUGAAUUGAGAGUGCUUGGCGACAGUGGGAUGACUGUGAUAGUGGCACAAGCAAGAAAAAGUGAGGAAGAGGACAGUGGCUACUCAUUUGUGCAUUGCGACAUUACAGGAACUGGGACUGGCACUUUCUUGGGAAGAGCAUGGUUUUCUCAUACCAAAGCAAUCUUCGCUUACACCACCAUGAGCAGUGUUAUAAAUAAAGCAGGGUGGAGUAACAACAAUCACCCCGAAUAUGACAAAACUGCACACUUUGGAGAGUACCAGAACAAGGGACCUGGUGCAGAUGUCAGUGGGCGUGCCACAAUCACAAAGAAACUAAGUGAAGCGGAGGUAAAACCUUACAUAUCACUUGAGAUGAUUGAAGGCUCCCAAUGGCUACUUCCUCCUCCAACUCCCAAAGUAUAA